UUUCCUGCUGGACUCCCAAGAUCUGUUGUUGAUCUCCCCCUCCUCAAAUUUAUUUCCUUUAUAAAGUCAAAACACUGGGGCCUGUAUAGACUGCGCUGUCAAGUCCGUUUCAUAUUCUUUGGGUCAGUUUUGGGGUCGUCGUCUCCCACCCCCACCAAUGAUCUUCCUUGUGCAAAGGGAGGCAGCCAAGGCUGCUCCUAAGCAGCGCUGGAAAGCAGCUAGAGAGCUCGGAGGGUGGCGGGGCGGGGACGACGACGACGCAAGUCUCCCUAUGGCCAUUAAAGGCGCGUGGAGACUACCGUAGUUGCCACUGUCGCGCUGGGCUUCCCUGCCACCUCCGGCCUCAGCCGCGCUCCUGUUUUGUUACCUCACGUGCCCAAGAAGGGGCGGGGCCUCCCGCCUUCCAUGACGUCACCCCUCACAGCCGCUCUCAUCCCGCAGAGUCGGAUUGAACGGACUGGCUGGGGCGGAAUGACCCUCGGGUGGCAGGGAGGGGCGGGGCUUUCUCCACGUCAUUGCCAGUUCCAAGGUUUCGCUUCGUUUCGGCUUUCCCCGUCACGAGGGCCGCCGAACCCUUUUCGCGUCCACUUCUGCGCAAGCCCAUAGGAAGCCGGCGGCGGCGGGCGGAGUGUGUGGAGGGGGAAAGAAAGCGGCCCGCCGGCUCGUCAAUCAAACGGCGCGCCAAUCGAGAGCUGGGCGCAUCUUUUUGGCGUUUACAGAACCGGCCAAUCAGGAGCCAGUUUUCGGUUGGUGACGGAAUUUAAACUGAGGAAAGCUGUUAUUUCCCCCCCCCGUCCCACCCCUUUCCGUGGAGCGUCCUGGAAGGCAUGGAAAAAUCAAAAACAAACGGUAAGUCUCGUCUUACCCGCCCGCCCCGGGUCCGGGGGCGGGGGCAGUUUAGCCUUUGCGGGUGUCUGGCUCGUUGGUGAGGAGGCUGCCCUCCGUUGCCUGCUUGCUCGCCCGGCCUUUUCUCCCCUGACGGGUGAGAGACCGUGUGGGAAUAUUACACAAGGAAGCAUCCCUUGGGCUUUGGGUGAGCUGACCACAUACAAUAUAAGAGAACUGACCUUGGGAGGGGGGGGGUCCCUUGGUGGCUUCUCCCCACUGGCCGCUCUCAGUGCUGGGAACCAGUGCGGGAUUUGUGUAUAAGCUAAACAAGCUAUAGCUUAGGGCCCUACUCUCUUGCCCCCCCCCCCCCCAUUAAAGGAAGAAAAAACUACUAUGAUACCAUAUAUAAAUAUUAUAAUUAUAUUUAGUUGUAUUUCAAUUCAACAACUAAAUACCAUAUUUUUCCAUGUGUAACAUGCCCCCAUGUAUAAGACGCCCCCUGUUUUUGGCGACCCAGAAUUAAGAAAAUGGGGCGAGAUUGCCCCCGUGUAUGACUACCCCCUCCUUGUUUCCCCAGUUUUUUUAUUGAUUUUCCAAAUUUAAAACACACAAAAAGGAAAGACAUUGCAAUAUUAAAAAUAAAAACGAACAUAUAAACACCUAACUGUUAGAAGCCCAAUUUACCGGUAGUUUCCAUUGUUAAGUGACUUCCUCAAAUCCCUCCUAACUGAAUUUCAAUAGAUCUCAUUGUAGCAGUUUUCCAAUAGCCACUUUUCAAUAAGAUUAACGUAUUCAAAUUACUAUCUUCCUUCCUUUUCAUAAUAUUUUCAAUCCAUAAUGUUAUACAAUUCAACCUAUUUUAAUCCUAGGCCAAUGUGGUACUUACAAGUAAUUCUACUUAUGUUAUAUUAGAAUAUCUAGCUGAAUAGUCCUUAAAUUUCUUCCAUUCUUCUUGAUGUUCCUCCUCUUUCUGAUCGCGUAUUCUUCCAGUCAGGUUGGCCAGCUCCAAAAAGUCCAACAUCUUCAUCUGCCAUUCCUCCACUGUUGGUAUUUCUUGCAAUUUCCAAUUUUUGGCUAGCAAAAUUCUUGCUGCAGUUGUGGCAUACAAAAACAGUCCAACAUCUUUUUUGGGCAAUUCCAGCCCUAUUAUUCCAAGUAGAGAGGCUUCUGGUUUCUUAAUAACAUUAUUUUAAUAACAUUAUUUUUUAGUAAAAAAAGCCUAGUCUUUCACAUGGAAAAGUACAGUCCAUAAUUUGUUAUGUGCAAAUGGCUUUAGAUACCUAUUAGGUCCAUAAAUUACCAUUUACGAUAUAUUCAACCCAAAAAACAGCGACAACAGGGCCCCAUUAGCUUCAGUAUCUUAGGGCCUCAUCAGACCUACCAUAAAUCUGGUCCUGCUGGGAACAUAGGAAGCUACCAGCUACCUGCUGGGAACAUAGGAAGCCAGACUACUGACCCAUUUAAUUCAGUAUUGUCUUCCACGGUUUCACACAGCAGGCUUUUGCAGCUCCUUAUCUUGAAAUGAUGAGGAUUGAACCUGGGACCUUUUGCAUGCAAAGCAUGUGCUUAAUAAUAUAAUAAUAAUAAUUUUUGCACCCUGCCCAUCGUACUGGGUUGCCCCACACACUUUGGGUGGCUUCCAACAUAUAUAAAAACAUAAUAAAACAUUAAACAUCAACCAGCUUCUCUAUACAGGACUGCCUUGAGAUGUCUUCUAAAGGUUAUCUAGUUACUCAUCUCCUGAGCUACAGCCCUUUUCCCUACUAAAUAAAUAAAACAUAGGGUUUUUUCCUUGUCUUAUUCCCUUGCUGGGGACGGGGGACUUGAUGUUUAUUUUCAUCCGUGUCUUCCUGGAUGAAAUUAAAAAUCGAGCUUGAAGUCACAUCUCUAAAAUGCGAUGUUGUAUCAGAGGAUUUAUAUGCCCCAUCCUUCCAUUAGUAGCAUGUUGCUGCUAACAAUAUAGUCCAGCAAUAAAAAAUACUGGCAACAAAGCAACGUAUGCAAAGUAGCAGUGUCAGCAUGGAAGUUAAUUACCGUAUUUUUCGCCCUAUAGCACGCACUUUUCCCCCUCCAAAAAUGAAGGGGAAAUGUGUGUGCGUCCUAUGGGGCGAGUGCAGGCUUUCGCUGAAGCCUGGAGAGUGAGGGGGGUCGGUGCGCACUGACCCCUCUCGCUCUCCAGGCUUCAGGAAGCUAUCCGCUAGCCGUGGGAGACGCAGCUCUCCCACAGCUAGCGGAGACCUUGCCGGCACCCAGAAGCUUGGGGCGCGCUGAGCUUGCGGAUAGCAGCCUGUUCUGGGGGCUGGGGUCGGGGGAAGCUCGGGCUUCCCCCGCCCCAGCCCCGCACCUGGGGGGGAAAUAAUUUUUUUUUUCUUUAUUCCCCCCCAAAAAAACUAGGUGCGUCCUACGGGGCGUUAAAUACGGUAUAUUACUAAGACCUGGGCAAACAAAAAGCCCUAACCACAAUUAAUUAGGGAGUAACACUUUGCCUAUUUCUCCACUAUCACCAAACUCCUUUGCCCCCAACCAUAUGAAAAUAUGAGCUCCAUAAACUACUCUUUCUUGGUCAAAUUGGAGCCACUGCAUUUUUUAUAUCGAACAAGAAUUCAUCUCCUUAAACCAGGACUUAAUGUUGGCUAGGAAGGAAGAGAUUAUAAGUGCCUUCAUAGUCAGAAGAGUUCAAAGGAUCCGAGGCUUCACUCUAAAUGCAACUGACAGGCUUUGAGGAUGUUGCUUGAGUAGUGUUGAGUAGUGUUGCUAUCCUAAAAUAUGGUAGCAUUGCACAGAUGAAACCAAACUAAUUGUGGUGGCUGGUAAUAUUUAUUAAAUUUAUAUACCACCAUUCUUCAAAAGUUCACAGGGCAAUUUACAGCAUAGGUAAUAAAACUUCACAAAUAGUUGUUAUGCAGUCCAAACCUAUUCACAUUUACAUAUAAGUAAGCUGGUUACUAGUCUCUACCCAUGGAAAUAUGCAUUUGCCAACUGAGGAAAGCACUUCAUACACCUGUCAAAAUGGGCACUAGUCCAUGGAGCUCGAUGCCACAAUAUAUCUGCUUAUACUACAAGAUUAUUUAUUGCUGUUUAUUGUUGCAGCAAAUGUGGCUAAUACCUUAUAAUUACAUGCUUACGAGGUUACAUGUUUACAAACUCUUGCAAGUCUAUAUUUGUUCAAGAUACUGGGAUCAUUUGAAGGUGCGGGAGUGGUUUGGUAAAUGAAAAAUUAUCUGGUUUAAUCAGUGGCAUAAACCAAGUAAAAUUCUUGAUUGCCAGUGGGAGAAGUUGUAUAACUUUGUGAUAUUGUAAUUGCAAUUUCUCUCACCCCCACAUAAGUGAGACUUGGGGCACUGGGUCUGGUGUUGGUGUAACACAGUGUUUGUUUCUUAAUUCUCUUCUACUUGUGUGACAGCGUGGGAAAUCUUUACCUAUUAAGGGCAAGUCUCAAACUAGCUAUCUGUAAUCUUGCUCCUUUAGGAUUAAUUUCAAAUAAUUAUUUAAAAUCAUUCUCCCAAGAUUAUGUAGGAUUUAUAGCUCUUCGGGUUUGUGUGCAUCUGUGUUAGAAAAUGAAUGUUUGAACUUACUAUUGGCAUUUCCAAUUUGUUUCACUUCAAGAUGCAGUUAAGAUGCUCUUUAUUUGAAUGUGUUAGAUUCCCUUCUCUCCCUGGAUGCAAUUAAGCAUAGUCCUUGAUUGGCCAACAUGUUAAACUCUUUUGCACUCUGGAGAUUGCCUACAACAACAGAAUUUCUUGGCUAAAUCCCAGAGUUGAAACUUGGAUCUCAUCAUCCUUUGGCCGUUGAAUCUUCUGAGAAUGUUCCCAUUCACCUCCUAACUCUUCACAUCUUAUGAUAGUCAUUCUAGUUUGUGACACAACACGAUAAAAGCAGUCCACCAGCAUCUCAGUUAAGCCUCCAGCCUCUGAUGUGAAACCUGCCAGGCUGCCAUACAGACUUAAUGGGCUCCAUUUAGCUUGAUGGGUUACAGUUCUGGUUGAACAUUUUGCUUGACAGGCCCAUUUUACUUUAUUGCUUUUGGGUCUGUUUGGUUUGUGAUUGCAAUUCAUUUGCAAUUUUAGUCAAAAUUUUUGGGUUGUAUACACAGAUGGUGAAUGCACAGGGGUUUGGGCUCUGGCUCUGGUGUGGACGGCCCUGGGUUUGGGAUCUGGCGUGGGUGGUCCAGGCUUGGUUGCGGGCAAUAUAGGCUCAGGUUUGAGCGCAGACUCUUGAAAUAUGGCAGCCUAAACUUUGGGCGACCUCCCCUGAAAAUGCUCAAAGUUGUACUGUUUGAUGUUUAAAAUAUCAAUUUUAAAUUUUGGGUUAAAAAAAUAGGGGUCGUCUGAUACCUGGGGGUGUCUUAUAUACAGAAAAAAAUGGUGUUUACAUCCAGAUUAUUUCUCUCCCUGUCCCCGCCAAAAAAAAAAAAAAGAAUAGCAGAAAGAGGAGGGAAGUAUACAUAAUUUCCAAAUCUAAAGCAACAAAUCAUAAUGAGAUUGCGUACAAUGUUUGCCAAUGAUUUGCAAAUCAUCCCUGAUAGGGAGGGACUUGGUGCAGAAUGAUAGACAUGUACUGUUGGUAUUCUUGCCUCCAGUGAUACUUAAUCCUAAUCACGGUCACCCAGUAGCUGCAUGUGGAGUAGUGGAGAUGCGAACUCGGUUCCCCAGAUUACAAGCCUAUCGCUCUUAACCACUACACCACACUGGUUCUCAUCUCCACAUGCAUCUACUGGGUUACCUUGGGCCAGUCACACUUCUCUGAAGUCUCUCAGCCCCACUCACCUCACAGAGUGUUUGUUGUGGGGGAGGAAGGGAAAGGAGAAUGUUAGCCGCUUUGAGACUCCUUCGGGUAGUGAUAAAGCGGGAUAUCAAAUCCAAACUCUUCUUCUAAUAUAAUAGUAAUAUAUUUUUUCAAUUUAAAUAGAGGAUUAACAAUGAAAAUCAGACUGAUUAGGAUUAAGUAUCACUGGAGGCGAUAAUACCAACAGUACAUUUCUAUCAUUUUGCACCAAGUCCCUCCCUAUCAGGGAUGAGUUUCAUUCAGUUCUGAAUAUGUGGAAACCAAGAGACCACUCCUCUUAGGUUUUUCACAAGUUACCUUCAAGGAGGAUGUGCUAAGGUAUAUUGUGAAUGAAGCAAUGCCUCUAGCUGUGCCUCUGACACUCCCUUUUAUAUAAAUUUGCAAGGCGGAUACCACCUGCCCUUAAGGAUGAGUCUUGCCACAGUUCACAGGUACGCCUCAGAUGAAAUUGAUUCCCAGCUGCCCUCAGGGCGUACUAUAGAAACUCAGUUAUUUUGGUUAUGUUAAGGAGCUAAGCAGUUCUUGGCCUACUUUGCCACUAAAAUGUGAUCCAAACCUGUUUACAUCCUUUCGUUGUAAAAUCUUGCGCUUUAGAAGUUUUGUUUCCUGAUAACCAAGGUUUAAUUGAAGAAACAAUUUGAUGUUUUGGUCCCAAUAGAAAGUACUUUGUUUGCAAACAGGGCAAACAACUUAAAUAUUUACAAUUUACAUUUGUUGAACAAGUUCUACAUUUGCAGGCUGUAUAGAGAACAGCAAUUCAAAGACAAAAAGGUAAUGCUAUAUAAACUUUCAUUUCUCACAAUUAAAAGCCCACAAUAGGAGCAGGUUUCAAUAAAAUAUCACUUAAUUCUGUAGGAAAAGUAACCUUUUGCCCUGGAACACUAUGGUCUUAACCAGCGGUGUAAGGAGAAACACUGCAUGGGUCUACUGAACCUCUCUGAACCUGGUUUCACAUUUUGUGAGUUUCCCGCUACUACAGUGGUCAUUGAGGAAUUAAUCUGGUGCUCUUCCUUCUGCAGGUUACUGCUCUAUUCCUUCUGGAGAAGAGGCCACUAUCUUAUCUAGUAGAGCUGCCUCAACAGACUCACAAUCGAUUUAGUAGAACUGGCUCCCUUUGUGACAAAUUGGCAAUAACUUUGAUCUAAAUAGGCAGCAUCCCUGUAAGCUUUCCAGGAAGCUCCAGAAACUGAGCUGAGACUUGAGGAAGCAAGUGUUUAUUAAGUAAAGCAAACAUUUGCAAUGAGACCAGAGGUGAAGGUUUUCUCUGAAGCAGAGGGAAUCAUCGAGGGGGAGAGACUGAUAUAAUGAGUGAAAGAAAAGGGAAGGAAAGUUGAGACGAGAGAAAGGCUUGUUACCUACCCCUGGUUUGCUGAUAGGCACUGAGAAGGUGAGGGAGCAUCCUCAGUGGCAGAUAAAGCAAGGUGUUCUCAGGCUAUUCUUCGACACCUAUUGGGUAGGGGAACAAAGAACGGGGGUGGCUAUCCCAGGCUGCAGUAGGUUUUCACUGCGUAGGACUGCAGGAUAAUUGAUUGAAAAGAUGACAUCCAGCUGAGAGCUUCAAGAGUGGGUUGAGCAUCAUGGCAGGUCUCGAAAGCAUACCAAUCAUAGCAGUCUAAAGACAGUUAUACUUGCAAGAAAAUAAAACACAAGGUUAUUUCAUGGGAGAAUAAAAGGUGGAGGGGCCAGAGCUAUUUUGGGUUGUAGAUACAUGGUGCUUGUGGCAGAUUAAGUACCCCAUGAUGGUAGUGAUAGCUCAUUCAGGAAUGAAAACCCAUUGUUGAAGAGAGAAGCCAAUUCCAUUCUGUUGAAUUUCCAAUCUAGAGAAAAAUGAGAAAAUGAUUAAUAUGCUUGAAUGAUUAUGGGUUGUAUCAGUGCUUUUUUUCUUUUAAAAAAAUGUUUAGGGGUACUCUCAUUUGCCUACUAAUAUUGAAAUACUGCCCCUCAAUGUGGCCAAACUUUAGAUUCACAAAAUGUUUAGGGGUAUGCAUACCCCUGUGUCCCCCCAGAAAAAACACUGGGUUGUAUCCAAUGAUGUUUCUGUGUGGGUGAAAUGGACUUCCAUUCGUGCAAUGGAAACAAUCUGCCCUGCUGCAUAACCCCAAUAUCUCCAAAGGGCUGUGGUACCCUCUAUAACAGAUUUGGGGAGGGUGCAGGAGGCUGGAGAAGCGAAGAGAAGACGGGGAAGUCCUUCUGUGCAAAUGACAUUGAAUUUGACCCCGUGUUUUGUUUAAUUGAAAUAAAUCUCUAGGGUUGUUGGCAAGAAGAGAAUUUAAGAUUUUUAGCAAAAUAUUGCAAAGGUUUGCUAAUAGAAGUACUGUACAGAAAUUAUUUCAAAUGUGAUUCCCUUGUCUUCCACCUGAAUACGUACGGAAGUUGUAUAAUACUUGCUUCACCCCAGAGGUAUGGAUGGGAAUAGUUUAAGGGUAGAUUGGGGUGGGACAAAUGUGGCAACUCUGUAGGGUGGCCUUUCACUAUUUCAACAGGUUGUAGCUGUUGCAAUCUCUGUUUGCAUCUUGCUAUAUCACAAGUAGAUUACUGACAGCAAACGGGCACAUACAUGUAUGUGUGAUUGUGUCACGUCUUCAGAAGAGUUGCUUGACUGGCUUUGUGGGAAUAUACAGGAUUUUGCCUUUUUAUUAAGCUAGGGAAAGGGCAAAUACCUGUUCUUGCCCAUCAAGUUACUUAAUGGGUCCCCCCCCCCAUAAUCUAAUGCAUUUACUUCAAAGUAAGUCCUAUUGAGUCACUUGAUUUCCCUCCUAAAUGUAUAUGAUUAGGGUAGAAGCUUGAGAGAGCAAUUGCGUGGCAUGGCAAGAUCCACCGAGAUGCAGUGGGCCUCUGGCUCAUCCAGUUGAUUUCUGGCUUAUUUGGCAUUAUGUUCCCAAUCCCAGCUUAGCUAAAUAUAUGUGGGUGUAACAUGCUCAGCUGAACCUGAUGUGGCUUGGCAACCCAGCAUAAAACACUAGUUUAAAUACUUGUUUUCCCUCUGCCAGUCUUAGGUAGAACAGUAGCAUAUACAGUGGUACCUCAGGUUAAGUACUUAAUUCGUUCCAGAGGUCCGUACUUAACCUGAAACUGUUCUUAACCUGAACAGUUAACUUUAGCUAAUGGGGCCUCCUUCUGCUGCCACGCCGCCGGAGCCCGAUUUCUGUUCUCAUCCUGAAGUAAAGUUCUUAACCUGAAGCACUAUUUCUGGGUUAGCGGAGUCUGUAACCUGAAGCGUAUGUAACCUGAGGUACCACUGUAUGCUGCUAAGUGGGAUUUGGAUCUCAUGUAACUUUACACUGGCUCUAUACCAGCUUGCUUUACACCAAUUUAAAGGUGUAAAAGUACAUACAUUGUCUCUAUUUUCAGACCAUAAAGUCCAUUUUACAGAUCAGUUAUAUUUGAUGUGAGACUUAAUAUUGUAUACAGUAUAAGGUUGGGGGAUAAGAGAGGUGGGAAGAAAAGAGGGGCAUAGUUGAACCCAAUGUGUUUUGACUAUACACAAUUUUGUCUUUAGGCGCAAUCCCAGAACACAACACUUGCAUAAAUUGUGGAUUUACUGUAUUACUCUUUCAUUGAAAUAAUAAAAAAAAUUUUAACAAAAAUUGUAUGCUAUUUGAUUGUAAGAAGACCCUACAGCAAUAUAAAUACCAUUAGGUAACAUUUGUUACCUUUUGUAUUCAACACUGACUUUUCUUUUUCUAGAAAUGCAGGAAGAAGAUUUAAGUGAAAAUGGUAUGUUUGUUGCUUCUAUUAUGAGUAGGGUUCAAGACCUGAAAAGCAAAUAUAAAAAUGACGACAAUACUACAGCUGAGCUUAACAUCACCAAGGCAUCAGUGGAUACAACAGGUAUGUAGUAUUUUGUGACUGCUGAUUGGUAGUGCUUUCAAAGCCCUUUAUGCAUCUCUUCCAAAGUGUCUGAUAACCACAUGUUUCUGAAAUGUUGCACAAACCACUUUGGAAGCUCUGUGAUUGCUGCUUGGGGCACGCUGACCACACAACUUGCAACUUGCUUCUUGCAAGUUGCUUCCUAAAUGCUUAACAAUUAGCUAGUUGCUGGGUAUUUGAGAAGUGCUUCACAAGGGACUUGGCAAUUUGGGGGGGGGGGGGUUUGAGGAGCUUCUUUUUUAAAAAGGAGCAUUUUUAUUUCUUUCCUGAGGAAACAGUUUGAACUCAAAGUGGAUCCCUCAGCACUUUGAAUACACUUCUUUUUCUGAUGUGGGAGAAAUGCGCCAAUUUUAAGAGUAUUUCCCCUUCUGCGCAGACUUCAAAGGGGUUUCCAUUGUUCUGUUUUGCUGAGAUUAUUUUAUCAGAAUUUUUGUGUCUCUAGUGAUCUUAUUUGCAGAGAAGCUUGGUGCUUUUUAAGACCUGGAUAAUUGUUUGUUUCAUUUGGUUUGCUAGCACCCUUCUUAAAUCCUUCUUGCAACUCAGUUCUGUGAAGCCACUUCAAGUCCACGCCACUAGAUGGCUUGUGCCAUGGCAUGUGGAAAAUAAGAACACUUUUGGCAAGUGGAACACAACUGACAUUUUGGUGUUGUAUAAUUUCUGUUGCUGUUGUUGUUUGUUGCUUGCUGCGGUGCCUUUCAAAACAAAAGGUAGGUUUGCCCAUUCUAGGUCAGAAGGUAGUAGCCUGGCCAUUCCUAGAGUGAUGAAUCAAAAUGUUGGAACCAAAAGAAACUAAAACGUGUGUUGUUUUAAUGGUUCCUUUAGCUGUUUGUAGACAAUACUGCAUCUUCUUCUUUAUAACAAAAAUCUUAACAAUGCUUUUCUCUUGGUUUUUUUUAGAUAACUCUGGAACAGUUAAUCAGAUUAUGAUGACUGCAAAUAAUCCUGAAGACUGGUUAAAUCAUUUGCUUAAACUGGAGGCUAAGUGCACUCCUCAGGCUGACAUCAGCUUGUUAAAUAGACUGAUUGGUUGUUACAGGCAAGCAGUUGCAUCAUUGUCUGCAGAAAAAUACCAUCAGAAUGAAAGCUAUGCUCGCAUCUUGGUUAGAUUUGCAGAACUGAAUGCGUAAGUAUUCAUAUCUGGCAAACAGAAAGUUUCAACAUUUGUUUUUCACCCACUGCAACUACAACUCCUUAAUCUUUGUAUGGAAGAUGAUUCUGUUGCUUACAAUAGGGAGCUAGUUGGACAUUUAUUGACCACUGUAUGACUCAUGAUUGCAAGGAUUGGGGAGAUAUUGCUGGAGCUGAUAUGGCACAGAAAGGCAUGGGAUAGUGUAUCAGUGGAAAAGUUAACAUUUUAAUUAGAAGUACCCAGAGUUCAAUGUAGAACAGAAGUUUAUUUCCGUCUGGUUUGAUUUUGUGACCUAUGUCAAUACCCAAGAACAUAGUUGGUCUCCGCCACUGGCAUUUAUAACAACCUGGUUAAGUUGAAGUUUCGUGAUUUCUUUGUGUCUUUUCUUCUUACGUGCCUUUUUUAUAUCCCCAUUUCCUGAAUUUGCAACAUAAAACAUUUUAUUUUGGUUAUACUUACCUGAUACCGUCCCUGAAGAUUACUGUAUACAUUUUAUACACUCCCAGAGUUUGAUAUUUGUUUGUAAUUGUUAUGAUACCCAAGUUAAAAGGAAAAAAAUCAUACGUCAGUUGUUGAUAUCACAUAUCAUAUUUUUCUGUGUAUAAGACAAUGUUUUUUGUUUAAGGCAAAUACACCAUUAUUGUAGGAUGCCUAGGGUGGUGUGGUGUAGUUGAUGUUGACACCGUGCUCCAGCAGUCACAUCACCUCCUUGGUGUCUCCGCUUAAGCAGGCGGCCAGGAAGGUGGUUCCUUUUCCCGCUCCCUAUUGCUAGCUAUUGCCCACUGCCUUGCCUUGUCUGCCUAUGUGCCUCAGCAGCGGUGCUCCACACCCAGGAGCAGGCAGGGAAGCCAAGCACCACCUGAUUCCCCCACACCACCGGUAGAUUUUUUGGAUGAACAAGCUCAACAACUUCAGACGAUCUCGGGUGUUUAAAGUUUUGAUUUCUUAAUUUAGGGUUCAAAAAAACAGGGGUUGUCUUACAUGAGGGGCCAUCUUAGCCAUGGAAAAAUACGGUAAUUGCUUUGAUGCUUAGGACUGAAUAUAUGAAUAUAUAUCUAAUGCCUCUAGAAAUGGAGGCACAGUCAGCAUUUGUUCAAUAGACAAUAUAUGAGGUUCCCAUCUUUUGGAAUUGCAGUUCUUUGUGCAUUGGGAAGAUAAAGUAAUAUUGAAAAUUUGAUUUUCUUAUUGUGAACACUAAAAUGUGUCUGGACCACACCUGGAAGGUGGAUUCCUUCAUGUACUUAUGUAACAUUUAAGAUAUUUUGAGAGGGAGUGGAGCUUGCUAGUGGAAAGCAUUUUUCCCUAAUACCAGCAGUAAACAGUGUACAAGAAGGACUAUGGUAUAGGACUACCUCUGUCUAAAUUCUGCAAGGAAGAGUGCAUCCAGGAUAGGAUUUUUGACUGGAAAGAGUGAGUACAGAUGAUUUGCAGGCUACCUCGUUUGCUGUACAGUAUGUAUUGUGAUGCAUACUAACCUCUGGUUGAAAACAAUUUAAUUUUCUUUGAGCUAAUUUGUAAGCACUGCAAAAUUUAGGUGGCAUCACCCUUUCCCAGUAAAUAAAUAUCAUUUGCAUGCAUGUGUGAGGUGAAUGAUUGAAACACUUGCUUCAAACCAUUGUUUCUUUGCAGCACUGGAGACCCAGAAGAGGCACGCGAUCAGUUUCAUCUUGCCAGACUAACCUGCAGUAAAUUUUCUUUUGUUCAUGUGGCUUUUGCACAAUUUGAACUCUCUCAAGGUAUGUGGAUACAGAUUUACUCAAAAUUUGGCAUGGCUAAACUUUGUUACUGACCACAUUUCCUAUCCUGGAUAAUGGUUGUAAAAUGCUAAUAACUGUUAUUUAUUUUUUAAAGUCAUAUCCACACACACCCCAUUUUAGCACAAAGUUCAUUAUUUCGUAUUUUUUAAAUUAGGAAAUCUGAAAAAAGCUAAACAGCUGCUUGAAAAAGCUGCAGAAGUUGGAGCACUUCCAGUAGAAAUGUUGGAAAUUGCUGUAAGAAACUUAAGUUUACAAAGAAAGCAGCUACUUUCGGUUGAAGACAAAGAGAAUUUGACAGGUGAGUCUGAAGCAGACUAUAGGGCGAAAUUGACUGUUGCACUAAGGUGAUUGUAUAUCAGCACAAGCAGUUCUCCCCUCUUCUGCUACUGCAUGCUUAGUGUUCUGCUAGCCCAUCCCCCCCGAGCCGAUGGGAGGGGGCUUGGGGGAGGAAAGGAGGAAAAGCCCCUUUGCACUCGUGGAACUUGGUGUGCUGUGUCCUGCAAAUUUAGUUGAAUCUGGUUUAGUUGAUUUAGCUGAAUCUGGUCCAUUUUGUUGAAAUUAAAAGGCUCCUCCUCCCAUGAGCCUGGCUUCCCAUUUUCCUGCCCUAUCUCCAUAUAUCCUGUUUCCUCCCUCCCGUGUGCCAUAUUUCUUACCUUUCACACUUGAAUCCAAGCGCACAUGCACAGAGUCAAGCCACCAUCAGGCCUUUGCUUUUCCAACCAGUUCAAGAUAGAAGGUGGGAGAAUAUAAUCUUUCUAUGUUAAGUUUGGAGUCAUGAUCAAUAUAACAUAGACAUUCACUCAAGUGUUGUAUUCAAUCUAAUCCUUGUUGUAUUGGGAAAAUAAACUCCUUAAAGAUCACUACAGUGUGGUUAAAAGGUAUAUAAAGCCUUCAUUGUUCUCCGUGUUGUAAAUCAAAUACCCAACUUUUGGUAUUUAAACAACUAAAAUGUUUAAUUUUUUCUCUUAAUAAAUUACAUGUUUACAGCUCUAAACUCUCAUAAUGAAGCUGGAAACUUCCUGAAUAGGAAAAUAAAUGUUGAUUCUAAUGAGAUUUCUGCCAGUACUCAUAGUUCUUGCCAUGGGUAAGUAAAUCCAAAUAUUGUGUGGAAUUAUUUUUAUUUUAUUUCCAAGUGCUGUGGUACAAUUAGAACUGUCCAACUCUUUUUUUCAGGGAGAAAAAGUAUUCCCCUCAGGAAAGUGAACGCAAACCAUUGAAGCAAUUAAAUAAGUCUAACAAGGUAGGCCUGUUUAAACGUUUGUGUAUUCUUGUACUUGAUUUUUUGCAAUUGAGUUGAGUUCUACUUCCACUUCCAUUUCCAUUUUUAGAUGCGUCCGUUUGGAAGAGUACCUUUCAGAUUAGUAAGUGAUGAUGAGGAUGACUCUGUGGGGAUGGAUAUUCCAUGUGCAGCUAGUAUUGCAAAGAGGUACAGUCCCUUUUAAACUCACAAACACUUAAGUAUCUGUUGACUGAACAAAGAUAUAAAGCACAGUCCAUUAUUCUGGUGCGUGAACUUGUGGCUCACUGCAAAAGGGAAUGGAGGGGUAGAUGUAUCAUUAUAUAGGAUGUACACCAGAGAUUUCCAUUGAGAAUAAUGGCCAGUAUGUACUGAUCUAUGCACGCCCAACAACCAGCCAAAAGGAAGGAUGACGGUUUUAUUAAGUCAUUUAUUAGUCUACUCAAGAAAACAAAUAGUCCAUAUACAGAUUUUCAACCAUUAUGUUCCCCAUAGUAAACAUAUGAACAACUCUGAUUUAUGGAAUGCUCUCUGCCUAGCACUAGCUGUCAUCAUUUGGGGGCUGGGCAAAAGACAUUUUUGUUUUCCCAGGAUUUUUAGCAGCACUAAUUUAAUUGUACUCCAGUAGUUAUGCAAUUUUUAUAAUUUUAAUUGUUUUACUUGGUUUUGAAUUGCUUUGUGGCUUUCUUCUUAGUGGCAAGCAAUAGAUGCGUUUAAGAAGGCUAAAGCUCUGCUCUGAGUGUCAGCAGUGAAAAUUAUUCCUCCCAAUUCUGAACUGCACAGGUGGGGCAUGGAUUGUCUUGGUAGAGUUCCUUAUCCCCUUCCAAGCUCCAAAGUAUGAAAUAAGCUGAACUGGUUAGGAUGGGAAGCAUUUUUCCCACCUCACUUUUCUGCAGAGAAGAGUUGGUAGCUCUUGCAGCUACUGCUUAAUAGGACUCUACUGCCAACAUCAGCUAAAAACCACAUAUUUGCAUCCUCUCUGAAGGGCAGGUGUAAAGUAAGGUUACCAGACAUCCUCGUUUCCUGGGGACAGUCCCCGGAUUUACAAAUCAGUCGCCUGACAAAAUCCAUUGAAGUUGAAAAGUGUCCCCGGAUUCAUUGAAAAACAUCUGGUAACCAUAGUGUAAAGGGGCAUCCUGGAGCUGAUGGUUAAUAGUGGGGUUCCAAGCCCCUUUGUUGACCAAUCAAUAGCAGCAGCUUUAAAUAAAAUGUAGAAAAUAUUUAAAACUGCAAGCAGCAACCUGUAACAUGUGGUUGAUGCAUGGGACAGCUAGUGCUAGUAGCUGAGACUGCACUGUGUCUGUCUCUGUGUGAAUUUGAGAGGUUUAGUUCUGAACAUUUAUUAUCUACAGUAAGUUUAUGUUUAGCCUGACAGAUGCUCUUUCUCCCACAUUUCAAAUCAUUAGAGUUUCACAAGCUUUGCUUUUACAUCCCUACUGGGGUCUUCUGAUUUGUCGUACACCAUUUGGGUUUGUUCUUAAUAAUGGCAACAUUUACUGCAGGGGAUUCUGUAAUGCAUAAAUGCCAGUCUUCUAAUUUUAACAUGAUGCUAUGCAAUUGUUUUCUGUGCUUAUACCUGAGCAGAGUUGGGUAUUUGUACUUUCCUGGACAAAUGCAGAUCAACUUGUGCGGGCUUAGUGUUAACAGACAAUUAAUGCUUUGUUUAAAAAAUUAGGAAAAUAUCUGACAGCAAUUUGAGCCAGUUGCCACUGUGUGAGUCAAAACCUAAUGGAAGCGAUAUACCAGGAGACUUGAAGGUAAUUUGAAUGUUCUUACUCAAGUUACUGGUCAUGGUUGAUAAGAUUGCAAGUGGGGGAUGCAGAAACAGGCUCAGAAUGUGUAGACAAAGUAGGAGUUUAGUAGCACCAUGAUAAAAAAACAGAUUACCUUGGUAUUAAAUGUGGAAAUACAAAGUAAGCAAACUACUCACUGCUGCUACUGAGGGUGGUUUCCCUCCUUGCCUCAUUCAGACAUACACUAAGUGCGCAACAUACUCUCAUUUAACUUGUGUGCGUGACAAUCAAUCAAUAAGAAGGGGCAAAAAGGACUUGGUGUUCCAGGAAAAAUGAAUUUGGCAAUCCCACCUGUCAUUGAAUCAUUUCAUCUGCAAACUUCCUUAAGCUUCCACUGCUCACAAUCCAUGGAACCAAGAGUGCAGGAGCAGGCCAUGAAAAUCAUGUUCUUCCUCCUGCCAUGGCUUAAACUAGCUGGGGAAAAAUUUGCAUGUGAGCGGGAGGAUAUGGGAGUAGGAGCAUGCAAUCAUUCUUUCUCCUUCUGACCUCAUUCAAGACUCCAUGACCACCUUUCCCAUUUUAAAAUCCCAGUGAAGUUACAACAUGCAAUUUGGGAAACUCCUUAUUCAUUUCUCCCCCCCUCCCCAAGGGACUAAGCCAGAGUUUCCAAACUUUUCUUGUUGGUGACACACUUUUUAGACAUGCAUCGUUUCACAACACAGUAAUUCAAUCUUACUAGCAAGCCGGAAGUUAAAUUAACCCCUUUCCAGCUCCUGGAGGAGCAUGGGGAGAGUUUGCAUAACACAACUGCACACUGCUGCUGACACACUAACGUGUCACAACACACAGUUUGGAAAGCUCUGGACUAAGCAAUGCAUGCUUGAGUGUCAUUUGUGUGUUAAGGUAACAAUGAAACGAGUCACUUUAUGUAGAUGUUGCUAUUUAUGUGCAGUAGUUUGAAAAGUUUGUGGUUUAGAACCUUUCUCUUUGGGCCCCUAGAGGAGGCACUUUUAAUAUUAAUCAUAAACAAAUUGCUCUUAGCAACUCCUUUCAGUUAUCAUUUAAAAUGUUAUUCAAACAAAUCAGAUUGGGCCUAUGGAAAUGUUCACAAUAUGAAUGGCUGUUAACAAAAGGAAGUCACAGCUUAAUGUUAAUACUACUUUUUAAGUGUUCAGAGCACUACUUUUUUAUUACCCUUACAAAAUACAAACAUUGAUAAAUUUAUCCCCAUAUUGUAGAUGAAAACAGCCAAAUUAGCUAGCCUAAAUGUCGGCAGGAGCAGGCAGAAAGCAGAUCUGGAUCUCUGCUUUAUUGGCAAGGCUUUCUGACUCUCAAUAGUUGGUCAGCAGCAAGUAGAAAAGAGUUAUCUGCCAUGGUUGGUGGCAUGUCUUGGUAUUCCUUGCCUGUUCAUCUUUGAACAAGUCUUUGUGAAGCUUUGCUGGACAGUUCAGAGUUGUUAGAAUUUCUAACUUAUGAGUUGCAGUAGAUCCGUAGAUUCACUCCCUUAACUAUUAUUAUCUUGCAUCUAACUCCUCCCACCUCUCUUGCCACUUUUUUGCACCUUGGACCUAUCAACCAUGGGGUUCUAGUUUAAAAAUAAAGUAGUUCCCACAAGCUUGAAGUUUGCCCACCUGUCUCUUUGUGAGUUCAUGACUGAGGUGAGAUUUCAAUCGAGGAUAUCCAUUCUUAGCUGCUACACUAAACCAAACCUUAAGUGGGUGGCAGCCCAUAGAAUUGGUGCGCCGAUGUUCUAGAACUGAUGAGCUGCUUCUCAAAGCAGCUUGUGCCAUUUUAUGUGACAGGAAAGAAAUGAAGCAAGGUUGGGGAAACUGUUCUGAUCUGGAGAUCAUGUUGCCAUUCAAAUUGGCCAGUUUGCUGACUAAAUAUGCAGAAGCAUCAAACCAAGGCAUUUGCACAGAUUUACUGACACAAAUCUCAAGAGUUCUCCCAUAUACAGAUAUUAUCAGUGUCAUUUCUCAUCUUUCAGUUUUGAAGAUAAGGAUGCAUUUUGUCAGGAUGCAAGCAGCUGAAGAUUAUAAGACACAAAUUUCAGAGUUUGCUCCAAUAGAAGAUAAAACUGUAAAAGCUGUUUCUAGCAUCUGUCUUGUUAUUGCAGUCAAGUUAUAGUUCACUUCCCAAGAACUUAACAAAGCCACCCAGAGUGGCUGGAUAUAAAUAAUAAAACAACAAUCUGACGUUUAGAAGACAUCUGAAGGCAGAUGUCCUGUAUUGUGAAAAUUUUUAGUGUCUGAUGUAUUACAAUUUUUAUAUGUGCUGUAAGCCGCCCUGAGUGGCUGGGGAAACCCAACCAGAUGGGUGGGGUAUAAAUAAUAAAAUAAUAAUUAUUACUAUCAUCAUCACCACCACCAUCAAGAUAGUGCAGGAGAAUAAGCAGGCUAGGAUCCUUCAGUUUUAAUUCUAUAUUAAACCAUGGAGUCAGCUGCGUGUGUGGCUAUCUUUUUUCUUGGCUUUGUUAUAAAAAACUCUUCUUCUUUUUUAAGCCUUUACCAAGCAGAUGGUUAAUGGAAUUGCAGCCACCAGAUGAUGAGAACUCAGAAGUAGCUACCAAUUCAGCUCCAACCUUAAAGAAUAAAUAUGGUUCUACUUAUGCUGUUAAACAAAAAGGUUUGUUUUAACUCUGUGGGAUUGGACUGACGUGGGUAUCUCAGUAGACUUUUAACUUUGGCAUUUGUGGAUUGUUCAUUCUGCACUUGAUUAAAGUAGCCAGAGCAUAGUUGGUUUAGCUGAAAAUUAGAAAAGAAAAUGAAAAGAGGCUACCUUUUUCCCCUCCAAAGCAUGACCCUCUGAAUGUAGUUUUUGUUGCUUGCCCUAGAGUCCCAUAUUUUAGAUCCUGUGUCUCCAUUGUAACUUGAGGCCACUGCAGAAGUUCAGUUUGCCCAGUGCAUCUCCCCUUCCCCUAAGGAUGACUAUAGCUCCUACCACCCGCUACUCCUUUCUCCCAGCCCACCACAUGUAUAAAUUCAGUAAGGCUUAACAGCACUUUUAGUCUAUUCACGGUAACUUUUUUGUGCUCCUUCUGUAGUCCAACCUCUUCCUUUUCUGAAUAUCUUGCUGUAAAUGCUACCAUGUUCUUUUGGAUAACUGGAACUAUUGUUUUAGAAACUGAGGAGCACCACAAGGAGCCAAGUACCAUAGAACCAAGCUGCCUAGAAAGACUACAGCACCCCUCUGUUCCUCUUGAAAAUGAUGAAAAGAAAGAGUUAAGAUUAAAUUGUCGUGCAUCUGCAAAUAAGUGGUUUAAUCUUGAAGCAAUGCACAAAACAAACUUGGAGGUAAUUUUAUUGACUUAUAUAAGUGAUUUUUUGUUAUGUUGUCUUCAUUGUCAUUAGUACUGAAAUGUAAAAAGUCCACCUUGCCUUGUUUGCAGUGAUACUUUAGCCAACCCGAAAUCCCUUUUUGAGUAGGAUAAAAGUUGUAUAAAGAAAUGUACACUUGUACAUUGGAACUUCUGCUCCCUCUCUUGUUCCCCUGCACCCCAUGAAAUCUGUUCCAGGUGGUUGGAAACCCCAGAACAGAUUUUGGGAGCACAUGGGGAGGAAGGAUUUUCAUUGCAAAAGUGGAAGGCCUUCCAUGAACAACUUCACUGGAUACAAUCCUUAGUGUAAUACUUUAGUGGUAUAUCAUGUUCAUUCAGUCUCUCAUUGCCAGGAAGCCGUUCACAGCUGUAAAUUAAAUCUUGUUUUUAGUCAGCGGCAUUCAAAGAUGGCACUAGCAAAGAGGCAUCUUUGAAAUACAAAUAUAAAAUUUGUAUUGGUAGUGCAACUAACCAGUAAAGCAGUAGUCUUCAAGACAUAUGUGAUACAGGCCUAUAAUUUAAAUCCCAGUAUUCCCAUCUCUAGCAAGCGAGAAUUGCUUGAAUAUGGUAUUGUGUGCACAGGCUUACUAUCAAAACCUCCUAAAAGUACUUGGUGCUUGCCUAGUGUUUAGAUAUGCAUGACACAUCGCAUGCAAAUGCUAGUACAAACCAUAAUAUUCAGUGGAUAAGCAGAGCUUUGAAUUCCAGAAAUGUGUGCAGUUCAAAGAUCAAGUGAAAUUGCACCUUUGAGGGGCUCCCAUCCAAGUACUAACCAGGCCUGACCCUACUUAGGUUCCGAGAUCAGAUGAGAUUGGGCGUGUUCAGGGUAGUAUGGCCAUAGACAAGGAUUUUCAUUGCAAGAAAAUGGAAAAGCAAAACCAUCCCCUCGAAGUUCGAAUGGCAAGCAAAACUAAUAGAGUACUUACAAUUAGCAAGGAGAAUGGGGGCAGUGAGAGGAAAUUCAACACAAGAAGUAAAUAAGGAAUGGUCAGUAAUUAAGGAAUAUCUCAAAGGGUACUGCGAUAAUAAAUGCUUUCUGGCAGAUACUGAAUCAGCCAUGCAAUAUAAAGUAAUUGUUAGAUUGUUACAUUAACGAAAAACAACUUCACACAACUGUUUAAAUAAUAGUUUAAUUGUAAAUUAGUACAAUGGGUAGAGUCGGAAGUUUCUUUUCUUUGUUGAUUCAAACAGUGAAUAAACACAGUGAAUGUUAUUUUGUUGGUAUUGCAUGUAUUUUAAGAAUCUGUCUAAAAAAAUCUUCAGUAAAUUUAAAAAAGAAAAAAAGAAAUUUCACCUUUGAUUUCCACUUAAAUUUUAUUUAGCAAGCACACACUAGUACGUGGAUUUUAUAUGAUGUAUGCUUACUUGAGAACUGAUGACAUUUCCUCCAUUUUAUAGGGAAAAAACUCAAGUGCUGAACAGCCAGCUUUUCAAGUUUCUAAAAGAUUUUCACCACCAGAGCCAAUUUUUCGAAAACUUUCACCGCCAGAGACUGCAUCAAAGAUAAACAGCCAGUCACUUGUUGGCCCAGUAGCUAGCAACAACACACUGCGAGAUUACAUGGCCUGGUAACGUGUGUGUGUGUGUGUGUGUGUGUGUGGUGGUUUAUUUUUUCAAUUCUAUUUUAAAUUUUGAUGGAAUUUGCUUUUGUGCUGUUUAAGCAAGCUAAUGGUUAUAUGUACUAAAUAGAAGUGUGCAUCUUCAGUGCUGGGUAAAGCAUUUAUAGAGUGCCUGAACUUGAAAUAACAUCCCUCAUCAAUAAUUCUGCAUGGCGUAAAAAUGAAGCGGUAGUAGUAGUAGUAACAGUAGUUUGAUUUAUUGUCCACCCUUUACCCUAAAUGGCUGCGAGUCACAACAAUUUAAAAUGCAUUAAAAACAAUUUAAAACAAAUUCCAAUCACAGUGCCAAUCUAAACACCCACGAGGGUCUGCACAGAAGGAGUUGGCCUUCCAGAUAUUUGGGGCCUAAGUCAUUUAGGGCCUUAAAAGUUAACAUGAGCUCCUUGAAUUGGGCCCAUUGGCAACCAAUGCAGUUGUUUUAAAAUAGGGGUUAUAUGAGAUCUAAAGGGAACCCCGGCUAGUAAACUGGCUGCUGUGUUUUGGAUCAGUUGAAGUUUCUGAGUUGUCUUCAAGGGCAGCUGCACACAGCAUAUUGCAAGAAUCCAGUUUGGAAGUUACCAGAGCAUGGUGGAGUACAGUGGUUCAGUAAUUUCUGCCCGAAAGGGAUGUAGUUGGCAGACCAGCUGUGUCUGGAAAAGGGACUCCUUGCCAAUGAGGCCACCUGAGCCUUGCAGUGACAUCUGGAACAGGCCACCUGCCCUUCUCCUGCACUUGAGAACUUGGGACACAUGACUCCUUGUUUUUUUCAGCAUCAAUUUAUUGGCCAACAUCCAAGCACUCAUCUUAACACCUCAACCUCCUCUUCCAAGUCAGGGGAAGAGAAGGAUUGAGCUGGGUGUCAUCUUUGUAUCGAUAACCUCUUACUAGAAGUACAUGCGCUUCAAAUUAAGAUUAAAUUUAAUAUUUUUGGAGAUGUUUGGGCAGUUUUUUGGAGAUGUUUUUGAGCCAGCUUUAAACAUUACAUUCAACUUCAAACAUUGUGACUUGGAUAAAAAAUUAAGCUACUGGUUAAAUACAUGGUUGAUUGCGGGGUGGGGGUGGGGAGUGUAUUGCUGCUUGUGCAAGGAUUGUAAUGCUCAAAUGCCUUUGACAGUUUCAGUACUCCAGUCGUAACGAAUAAUUUUCUUCACCUGAGUAAGGACACCACACCAUACAACCAGCUUUCCUGUUUGCAAGCUUGUACUCCCUCAACUCCAUUCCAAGUGCGUACUGGAUUACCGGUAACCUUUCUAAAAUAAAUGACUCUGAAAGCGCAUUAUGAGAUCAUGAAGGAAACUGAUCCAUAGUGGGUGCAACCCAUUCUUACGGACAAGCAAGCAGUUAGAAAUUCUUAUUGCUUUUAUCACUUGUUGUUUGCUGUCCUGAACUCCUUUGAGAGGGAUGGUGGGAUAUAAAUUUAAGAAAGAAAGAAUGUACAUUUAAUGUUUCAUAACAUGGUUGUCUUGUAUUAACUAUGUAACAAAUUUCUGUUUUGUUUCUGAGCUAACAGUUUUGAUGCUAUGCUCUUUAAGCUGUGCUUGUAAUCUGCAACGUGUUGACAAUUUUAUGUCAGUCCCACAGAAAUACCUGAACAUACUAGUAAGCUAGAAUAUUAAAUACAGUGGACGCUCGGGUUGCAAACGUGAUCCGUAUGGGAUGCACGUUCGCAACCCACAGCAGCGCGUCUGCGCACGCACGGGUUGCGAUUUAGUGCUUCUGCGCAUGCGCGACUGCCAAAACCCAGAAGUAACCCGUUCCGGUACUUCUGGGUUUCAGUGGUCCGUAGCCUGAAAAAACGCAACCUGAAGUGUCUGUAACCCGAGAUAUGACUGUAAAUAUCUAACAUAUGUUGCUUUUGAUAUGUGUUUUUUUAAAUUCAGAUUUCAACUCCUUUACCUAAAAGUGAUUGCAUCAGUAUUAAAGGAAAAUGGUACACUGUGUUGAAACAAAUCGGCAGGGGAGGAUCAAGUAAGGUGAGAUUUUAAAUGCAAGUUUUAGUUCAUUGAUAACUGUUGCUUGCGGAAGGUGGUUUAAAAAUAAUCACUGACAUAACAUACCAUGUCAUUGCUUCCCCUGCCCCCAUCUCUCUUGAGCAACACCAUUCUUUUUGUAUUGUGCUUGUAAUAGGUAGCUUCCCUUACAGGGUAAGUUCAAGAAGGUCCCUGACCUUGGUGUAAUUAACAUUUGGUAAUGCACUUAAAAACAAGCAAAACUGGUGGUUUGUAUUCCUUUUUUCCCCAGGUGUUUCAAGUACUUGAUGAAAAGAAGCAGCUUUAUGCUAUCAAAUAUGUCAAUUUAGAAGAGGCAGAGGAACAAACUUUAGAAAGCUAUAAAAAUGAGAUUGCACACUUAAAUAAACUUCAGCAACAUUGCGAUAAGAUUAUCCGACUGUAUGACUAGUGAGUAAAUGUUUUUACAAACCCAGCGUAAUUAAAAACACCUCCCAAGUGUCAUUUCCCAUAUAUGACUUCAUUUUCAUAACUUGUUUUAGUGAAAUUAGCAAGAAGAGUAUCUACAUGUUGAUGGAAUGUGGAAACAUUGAUCUUAAUACUUGGCUUAAAAAGAAAAAAAUUAACCCAUGGGAGCGGAAGAGCUUUUGGGAAAAUAUGUUGGAAGCUGUCCAUACAAUCCACACACAUGGUAUCUAUAAAAGCUUAUUUCUAUGUAUUUGAAGACUUCUACUGAACCUUUCAACACUUGCUGUUCACAGGAAUGGCUACCAAUGAAUUACUAGUCAAAUAAUGCUUUAGAUUUCUAUCUUUUUAUGAAUUUGUAAACUGUUUUGAGGGUUUUUUUUUUCUACAAUCAAGCGGUAUAUAAAUAAAUUAAAUCUGCCUCUUGGAAAUCUAACAGAGAGGGACAUAUGCUAUCUGGCUAUUUAUUUGCAUUGCCUUAACUGUUUAUAUAACUAUAAUACUUUCUUACUUUUUAAAGCGCCAUCUAGUUAUCUAUAUCACUAUCACUGCAACAAAUAGUCUUGUAUGCUGUGAAUGAGCCACCGCAAGUGUAAGGCUCAUAUGCUCCCCAUUCUUCACCUUCUGUGCAAGUAGGAGAAAUUCAGAAGUUUCCUCGUUCACUUUCAAUUAACCACAGUUUGCUGUGUCAUUCUGGCCUGGAAUUGAGGCUAAUCUUAACUGCGGCUAGUUUAAACAAGCCAGCUUCAGUAACUGGUUUGAAGUUACCUUAGGAUUGGACAUCUGGGUUGGGUUGUGGGGAUCUCGAUGGGUUGGCACCUCCUGUCCCCGGCCAGGUUGAUGUUGAGGGAGCUGAUGCCCAAGUCAGGAGCAGACUUAAACACACCAGGAGGAAGUCAACCAUGUGUGAACCAGUACUUGUGAUUUCUUUCCAUACAAACCACAAGCAGAAACCAAGUUUAUGCUUGUGGUUGGUUUCCUCCUGAGCACAGCAAAGUCAGGAAGGAGUAAUGGGCAGAUGUACUUAGCAGCGUAUACCAGAAUUCAUGCAAGUUAACUAUUUGUAUUACAUGAAAUUGAACUUUUGUUAUAGUUUAAUGUUCAGUGCGAACCAGGCUAGUAGCAGCAGUUGAAUGGAGCAUUUUAAUUAUAACAUUUAAUUAUAUUCUGGGAAAAAGUAGUGUCUUGUUUUGUAAAUUAACUGGAACUAGUUCUAAUCUUGGAAUAUGUUUCCACAGGGGUUUUGUUUUGCUUUUGUUUUGCUUUGUUGUGCAAUGAUGAAGGUUAGAUAAAAACCUGUUCCAUCUGUGAAAGUAAAUAGAUUUCUUAGAGGAGGGUGAAUGUCACAGCCAAAUUGCAGUCUCCGAGGUCUGUUAUCAUAGCUACAAAAGGACCUGGCUUUUCCUCCCAUCCUUGUGUGUUGGGCCAAGAAGGUUUGUAGAAUGGGUGUGAGAGAACAGAGUAAAUGCAUAUAUUUUUAAUUUGUACUAACUGAACAAAUUUUUAUUUGCAGGUAUUGUUCAUAGUGAUCUGAAACCAGCAAACUUUCUGCUAGUGGAUGGAAUGCUAAAACUAAUAGAUUUUGGCAUUGCAAAUCAAAUGCAGCCAGAUGUGACAAGCAUUUUUAAAGAUUCACAGGUGAGACUGUUGGGCAUCCUUGUUUUACCCUAUUAUAAAACAGUACGAAUGUCUGUUUUCACAAUGAGGGGACAUCAGGAAUAAUGUGAGGAGUUUUGUGGGUCUUGAUUUGUGUUUGCCUGUUUUAGGUAGGUUGCGGGUCUAGACAUAGUCAUGGCGCAUGGUUUCCCAGAGUGUGGACUACAGGAGUCACGACUACCCCAGAUGAAAGAGAGAAGGGAUAUUGCACAAAAGUUCAUUGGAAGCUGCCUUAUACAGAGUCGGCUCUUUGGUCCACCUAGCUCAAUAUUGUCUACACUGACAACAGCAUCUUUUGGGGUUUCAGACCAUCUUUUCCAGCCCUACCUGGAGAUGCCAGGGAUUGAACUUGGAGUCUAUUGCAUGGAAAGCAUGUGUGCUAUGGCAUGGAGUUGCAGCCUGAAUUAUGCCCGGUUGCUGCGGAAAUGUUGCAAGGUGUAGGUUAUAUGUUGGGCGCCGGCAUCUAACAGAGAUGUAUAGCAAUCCAUACAUGCAGGGCGUAUCCCACUUCAGAUGGGUCUGAGAAGAGUAUUCAUAAAGGGUGAAACAGCAUAAAAUUUCACAGAGAAAUCCUGUUUUGUGGGUUUUUUAGAGUUAGGAAAUAGUUAAGCCUAAUCCAGUUCACUUAGUAUCAAUAUGUACGCAGCAGACCCAAUCUCUUGACAAAUUUUAAGAGGUAGGGAGUGGGCCCUAUGAUUUCCUCCUCUCCUGUCCAAUUUAACAACAGUCAAUGGAUACUUUGGUUCGGACAUUAGCUAUGGUUCCUAUUUUACCAAGGUUCUUAACCAUCCUCAAAUCCUGGUUACGCACAGAAUCUGAUUUGCCUUAACCAUGGUUAACAUCAGUGUGGCUACAUUUCUUCACUUCAGUUAAGGCAACAGGAGGAAUUUUCUCUGAAAGGGCAGAGCUGUGGAGAGGAGGUUCACAAUCCCACAGAGCACUCUCUUAAUUACUGUAACUCUGCUGCUUGAAACUGACUCACCAAACCUGACAAAGGUUGCUGGUGGCUUUAUUGGGGUGGAGAAUUGGGCAUAUAGUGUGACAACAUCAUUUUGAGUACAAUUUUUUUUUUAAAAGUUAAUGUAGACAUUGUCUGAAUCAUUCAGUGUUGGAUUAGAAUUACUGAGGAAUUUUGAAAAUUGCCUAUAUUACUAAUUUCUCUGAGAUACAGUUGCCUUCAACAUUAUGUUAAGAGCUUUCUGAAGUUUCCUAGACAAGCUUGUUUUUCCUGUUCUAAAGUUUCUAAUGAACUAUAGCAGGAUUUCAAGAGGAUUAAUUUAAAAAAUGGUUUGUGAGCAUUGUUUUUCAGGGCCCUUUUUAGAGCAAUCUUUCUAACAAAACAUGAGAUUCUAAUUUUAAACUAUCAAUUAAUUACAUGAUUAUAUUUUUAAUUGUUACUAGGUUGGCACAGUUAACUACAUGCCACCAGAGGUAAUUAAAGACAUGUCUUCCUGUGGUGAAAAUGGAAAACCAAGGUCAAAGGUAAAAAAUAUCCUGUGGUUGAAGGAGGGAAAUGCUUUGGUUUGGAUCUUACUUUCUAAAUUUCCACAAACCCAGGACAAAAUCAUUGGGGGUUUUUUUGUAUGCAGUGAUGUGAAUAAAGCAGUUAUAAAAAGGCUUGUGUGGGCAGUGUGGUGGGACGGUAGCAGAAGUUGAAAUAGCAUCAAAUUAGAAUUCAUCCUGGGUUUAAUAAGAGCUUCAUAAUGGAUUAUAUCCAGUCCCAGCAUAAAGACACUGCAGCUUUAUGUACUUCUUGGGUGGCUGGCAAUCAGGGGAUCCUUGGGGAAUGACUGAGAUGUGGGGCAAGAGGCUGCAGUAGGAUUGAGGGGAGGGGCAUCAGAUGGAGGCGGCUUACUGCGUGGAGAAGCAAGGACCCUUAUACUGGCGCUGGAUGCUUCCUAAUGAAAAUUUGUGAGAGGAAGAGCUCAAAUGUGAAACUAGCACCUUAGGCAACCACAUGGGAGAGUGAACUUUGGGGAAGGGUUGUCUGAUUUUAAAAGCAUAAAGAAAACUGCUUGGUUUCUGUCCAACAUUGCAGUAAGGACAGGCAGAUACAUAUUUUGACCCUAUACAGCCAGCAAAAAUACCGCAGAGGUCAGGAAGACAUUCCUACAUAUCUAUAUAUAUGUACAUAAUUUUUGGUGUGUGUUUCCUUUCCACAGUUUAAACCAUGCUCAAGGUGGCUUACAACAUAAAAAAACAUGACUCCCGCACAACAGAAGUAAUAAUAAACAAUAAAUAACAAUUUUUGCAAAAAUCACAAGAUCUAAAAUAAAGGUACAAACAGGAACAGCAACAAUGCCCCCCAAUAAAACCCCCAAACAACACGCCAGCCCAAGAGUCUGUUCAGCUUUUGUUUUUUGUUUUUUUAAAUGAUAUUUAUUAAAGUUUCAAAAAAGGUUACAGAAAUAAGAAAAAGAAAAAAAGAAAAAAGAAAAAAUACAGAAAAAAGAAAAAACACUUAAAAACAAAUCAAUCUUUCCAUGCCUUGUCUUUCAUUUACUUGUUUCCCUGACCUCCUCACGCCUCCCUUUUUUGUAUUCCAGUUCAGUUAGUUAAUUCAGCAAUUCCUUUCCCUGUUUGUUUUUAUCUUAAUCCUUUAACUUAAUAUAUUAUAGCUUUAGAUUCUCACCUGUUAACAAUCCAUUUUUACAUACACCUUUAUAACAUUGCUGCUAAAACCACUUAACUUCAUUCUGACAUCAUUCUAACAUUAAUUUUGCAGUAUUUCUGUAAAUAGUCUUUAAAUUUCUUCCAAUCUUCUUCCACCGACUCUUCUCCCUGGUCUCGGAUUCUGCCAGUCAUUUCCGCCAGUUCCAUGUAGUCCAUCACCUUCAUCUGCCAUUCUUCCAGAGUGGGUAGAUCUUGUGUCUUCCAAUACUUUGCAAUAAGUAUUCUUGCUGCUGUUGUGGCAUACAUAAAGAAAGUUCUGUCCUUCUUUGGCACCAAUUGGCCGACCAUGCCCAGGAGAAAGGCCUCUGGUUUCUUCAGAAAGGUAUAUUUAAAUACCUUUUUCAUUUCGUUAUAGAUCAUCUCCCAGAAAGCCUUAAUCCUUGGGCAUGUCCACCAAAGGUGAAAGAAUGUACCUUCAGUUUCUUUACAUUUCCAACAUUUAUUAUCGGGCAAAUGAUAGAUUUUUGCAAGCUUGACUGGUGUCAUGUACCACCUGUAUAUCAUUUUCAUAAUAUUCUCUCUUAAGGCAUUACAUGCCGUAAACUUCAUACCUGUGGUCCAUAACUGUUCCCAGUCAGCCAUCAUUAUGUUAUGUCCAACAUCUUGUGCCCAUUUAAUCAUAGCAGAUUUCACCGUUUCAUCCUGAGUAUUCCAUUUCAACAGCAAGUUAUACAUCUUUGACAAAAUCUUGGUUUUGGGUUCUAACAGUUCUGUUUCCAGUUUUGAUUUUUCCACCUGGAAGCCAAUUUUCUUGUCCAAAUUGUAUGCCUCCAUUAUCUGAUAAUAAUGAAGCCAAUCUCGCACUUUAUGUUAUAGUUUUUCAAAACUCUGCAAUUUCAAUCUAUCUCCCUCUUGUUCCAGAAUUUCCCAAUAUUUCGGCCAUUUGGCCUCCAUAUUGAGCUUUUUCUGAGCCUUCACUUCCAUCGGUGACAACCACCUUGGGGUUUUAUUUUCAAGUAGGUCCUUAUAUCUUAUCCAGACAUUAAACAAUGCUUUCCUGACAAUAUGAUUUUUAAAUGCUUUAUGUGCUUUGACCUUAUCAUACCAUAAAUAUGCAUGCCAUCCAAAUACAUUAUUAAAGCCUUCUAAAUCCAAAAUGUCUGUUUUCAAGAAGCAGCCAUUCUUUCAGCCAGCAAAAAGCUGCUGAUUCAUAGUAAAGUCUAAGGUCUGGCAGGGCAAAUCCACCUCUUUCCUUUGCAUCCGUUAGUAUUUUAAAUUUUAUUCUAGGCUUCUUGCCCUGCCAGACAAAUCUAGAAAUAUCUCUCUGCCACUUCUUGAAGCAAUCCAUUUUAUCCAAAAUUUGCAAUGUUUGAAACAGAAACAACAUUCUAGGCAAUACAUUCAUUUUUAUCGCGGCAAUACAGCCUAGCAGUGAAAGUUUCAAAUUUGACCAGAUUUCUAAAUCUUUUUUCACUUCAGUCCAGCAUUUUUCAUAAUUGUCUUUAAAUAAAUUCCCAUUUUUAGCUGUCAUGUUAAUCCCCAGGUAUUUCACUUUCUUAACCACUGUUAAACCUGUCUCAUUCUGAAACCUCUCUCUCUCAAUCUCUGUUAAAUUUUUCUCUAAGACCUUUGUUUUUAACUUACUUAGUUGAGUCUGUUCAGCUUAUGUAGCUGGAGUGAGUCAGGGCUCCGCCUCCCAGGCCAGGUGAAAAAAAAGGCCUGCAAGGCAGGGAGCAGCUCUCCCAGGACUCACAGCCAAGAUCCUCUGUGGCAAGCAUCCCCAAACUCGGCCUUCCAGAUAUUUUUGGACUACAAUUCCUAUCAUCCCUGACCACUGGUCCUGUUAGCUAGUCAUGAUGGUGUUGGGAGUCAUUCUGCAAAGAAACAGUAAAGAUGUUUGUACCUUUAAGAAUUUUUUCUGUGAGCUUUGGGCAGAUUGGGUACAGCUGGUCAUAACUACAAAAGGAGGAAAAGUUGCAGUUUGAACUUUGCCUGCAGUGAGAAAACACCCACAAUGUUUGUUGUUUUGUAAUAAAACCUUUAUUUGAUUUGGUUUUACACCGGCCUCGUGGUGUCGUUGUUUCUGUCAUCUGCCACCAGAAGAAAGCCCCCCUCUAACAAAUGGGAAUUGUAGUCCAGUAACAUCUGGAGGGCCGAGUUUGGGGAUGCCUGCUCUAUGGCCUCCUCAGCAGCCUUCCUUCAAGCACAACCAAACCUUAUUUCUUAGGCCUUUAAUGUUGUGGCAUUUGCCCGUUCUUUUGGAAAUACCUGUACGGGGGAGAGAAAGAGUUAAUAGGUAGACCAAUAGAAAAGCCAGAGGCGGAGCCUACCUGUUUAUAAAAAGGGCUUAGCCCAAAGUUUAGUUAGUUGUUAGUUGGUUGGUUGGGAAGAAGCAGUUGGGAAAGCAGUUGGCAGACAGAUGGAAAUAGACAGUUUGUACAGUUCUUGUGUGAGGGGAGGUAGAAGAGUUAGAGACAGGAUAAAAUAAGACUAAGAGGGUAAAAGGUAACAGUGUUUUGAAUGCAUUUAAAGUUUAUUUGUGUCUGCAAUAAACUACACUCUUCAUUGUUAACUUGAGAAUAGUCGGUGAGACGACCGGGGGCUCCAUACGAAUGCCACAAAUGUUUACACUACUUUUAAAACGAUUAAACUCACUGGUCUGUCUUGAAGUUAAUUUUUUAAAAACCUUGUGUAACGGUGAUGUUAGCCAACAGAAGAGCAAAAAACACUGCAAGGUUUUUACAUGCAUUUUCUAAGUAAUUUGUUAAGCAGCCCCAUAAAGUAUUAUCAUUCCCAUCACGUAGAUGGGGGUAUGAGGUGGGGAGCAAUUUAUUUUACUCUUUUGCAAAAUUGUUUCAGCCAAAGACUUGUGGGCUUAAGUGAACAGAGUAAAAUUGCCCUACAUUAAGUUGCCUAUGUUCAUUUUCUUCUAUAAGCUGACUCCUGUGCCAGCAUGUUAAAUAUACACAAAACUGAGGCUCCCUUUGUCUAUAUUCCUCCUCUUCUUCUGAAACUCACCUACUCAUGUUGAGUUAAAAAGCAGACAUUCCAGUGUAACAGGUUUAUGUUUCAGUCAGUGCGAGGUAGUAUGAGAGAAUCUUUAUCAUUGUAUUCCACUUUCUGUUGAUCCCUUACCAGGGCAUCAGUUUCUUAAACAAUUUUCAUGAGCAAUAUUAUUCAUCGUUUUAAAUGGUCUGCCUUUGAAGCAAUGUUUCCAUUCUUUUAGGUUACAAAACUGAUAAUGUAGAUUUCUGUCUGUUUUAACUGUGUGCAAAUUACUUUUCCUGACAAUUAACAUCCUACUUUCGGCAAUAUGCAUCGACGCAAAGGUGUGUCAUUGAUCAGAUUUUGAAAUAUAGACGCUCUCCUUUAUUGCUUAAUUGUUAUGCUGUUGCUCCAGGUUUUAUAAUUGAUUGCUUAUUCAGUUGCACCACGUAUGUUAAUGUAAUGGCAAUAGCAAUAGCUUCAAAGUCAUUGUGUUAAUUGUGUGAGAAGCAUCUAUCUAUCAUCUAUCUAUCUACCUAUCUAUCUAUCAUCCAUGCCUUUGUUUUUAGAUCAGUCCAAAAAAUGAUGUUUGGUCAUUGGGCUGCAUUUUAUACUGUAUGACCUAUGGAAGAACUCCAUUUCAGCACAUAACAAAUCAGAUUGCAAAACUUCAUGCCAUAAUUGAUCCUAGUCAUGAAAUAGCAUUCCCUGAUAUUGCAGAAAAAGACCUCCAGGAUGUCUUAAAGGUACCCACCUGUGUAAAUUUGUACAAUAUAAUUUUGUUUAGCAUUCUUAAUGUAUAUAUCAAACAGUUCCUGACUUUAUCAUUUGUGGUUGGGGCGGGGGGGGGCAGGGAACUACAUCUGGGCUUGGAUCCUGAGAACCAUGAAAGGAAGCUCACAAAGGGGGACUUUCUUCGUUCUCCUCCCUAACGUUUUCUCCCCGGGCCCCAGGGAAAGUUGAAAGGUCCCUCUGAACAGCUUGCAGUGGGGCACAGGCAGGCUGCUGAGGGAAGGAAGAAAUUGCUCAAAAUCUGGUAGAAGGACCUCCUCCUUGAGGAGAGGGUUUUUUGGGGGUGGGGUGGAGCUGUAGUGCAGAGGACAGAGACAGGAAAGAGUCUACAUUCCUCAAGUGUCUUUUGGCAUAUUAUUCUUGGGAGUCAAGCUCUGUGCACUUUUGUAUGUGAUUCUGUUUCUCUCCAAUGCCUAGGCAAGUUUAAGGGCACCGUGUAUUUUUUUAAAAAAUUACCAUGUACUAUAUGUUAUGUGUUUGAUUAUACCUGAAGAACAUACAGCAUACAAGUGUUUAUGUGAAAAGUUAUUUCUCUUGGCUCCUUUUAGAGAACUAGCCUAUUGGAAAGAAGGUAGCAUUCUGCUUAAUCUUAGUUUGUUAUCAUCCAUUAUCAUUAUGAUUGUUCUAACAUGGCCAGUUUGUUUACGGAGUUGAGAUAAGUUUCAUUCAUUUAGUGCAUCAUUUGGACCUACUGUUUAUUUAUUCCUGUGAUGUAGAACAGUAGUUCCCCCAACUUUCCCUCCCAUGGACCACUUGGAAAUUUAUAAGGGUCUUGGCAGACCACUUAAUGGGUUUGUUUGUUUUUUAUCUGCCUGUUGUAGCGAUCGUAAUGCUUUGUGCUAGAUGCGGUAUGAUUCUUAAUUUUGUUGCUUCUCUUAAUAUGUUUAUUGUAUUACAAUUUUUAAAUUAUGUAAAUUGUAAUACAAUAAGCAUAUUAGAGAAGCAGUAAAAUUUAAAUUGUAAGUGUUCUUUACAGAAACUGCUGGGACCGCCUGAAUAAGCUGGCGGGCCAUGGGUCACUUUUGGGGAAACAUUGACAUAGAAUAUUUACAGAAUCCAUUCCAUUGUGAAACAGCAGGCUGAAUCUGAUGCUACAAGGCACAAACUAGAUUAAUGGAGUGCACUUUCAGUUCCCUAGGGAUACCUUUCCUAUAUAAAAUGUGGAAAACAGUGUUGAGCUAUAAUAUUCUUUAGAAAACUGAGUUUUAUUGAUUCCGUCUUGUAACUUCUCCCCUCAGCGCUGUUUGGUAAGGAAUCCCAAGCAAAGAAUAUCUGUCUCUGAAUUGCUGGUUCAUCCUUAUGUACAUAUUCAAACCAAUUCACAAACAGGUAACUUUAUCUGUUACUGAAUUUCACUUUAUUUCACCAGAGUUUUAUAUAAAGGUGUUCAUUCUCUUGUCUAAUACUCUGACAGAGUAAACAAUAUACCUGCUAACCUAAGUAUAUCACCAAGUGCUCUGGUAUCUGAAUUUUCAUACAGCUUAGCUGGACAUUUUAAGCAUAACCAGAUUUUAACAUUUUUCUAGGGGAUUCAAUCACAAAAGGGACAACAGAGGAAAUAAAGCGCAUCCUUGGUCAUCUUGUUGGCCUGAACUCUCCUAACUCCAUUUCUAGAGCUACUAGAGUAAGUAAAUGAAUUUCUGGCAGUGGUAUUGUUACUAAGAACGUGAUAUUUAUAAUACUUAAAGCAGAAAGAGAAUGUAGAACUGAUACAGUUCCUAUUUUUAUUUAUUUAUACCAAAUAAAGAAGAUACAAAGAUACAAAACAAGACACAUAAAAUGUCCACUUGGGACAGGAAGGCGUGUGUGACAAAAGUGUAGUGAGGAAUGUCGUGUGAGAUGGACAGGAGAGGGUGCAAAAAUAGUGGAUUUGAGAAGCAGCGGAUCUUAAUAGGCAGUGGUAAAUGGUUUGGUGUAUAAAGAUGGGAAAGGCUUUCACCCUAACAGGGAGUGACAUGGUAUAAAACGGCAAAGAAUAUAAGCUCGUAAUCUUCAAAGCAAUGUGUUAUGGCAAGUAAACAAAUCCUACCAGCCGCACUUCAUAAUAGUAAUAUAAGGGAAAUGCUCUCACUUAAAAGAAAGAUUUGGCUGGCAUGCAGGAGGCAUUCAUAAACGAGAGCGGUAGCUCCUCCUACCCACCUGCUGAAGCUCAAUCUGUCACUCAUUCAUAGGAAUUAUUGGGUGGUUUCUAGUGCUAGGCCUACUCAGAGUAGACCCAUUAAAAUUAAUUAUUUGACUAUCGUAGGUCCAUUAAUUUCAUUGGGUCUAGUCUAAAAAGAAGCUAGUUGAGUAUAACCUAUUGUAUUUAAACUACAUGACGUUUCCAGCAGAAGCUUCCCUCAAGGCAUUUUAUUUAAAUGAUUACUCAUCUUGUGAUGAAAACUGAGGGACACAGUGAAUUAAGGGAUUAAGUUAACCACAGUCAAGGAAAAAUCCCUGUGGGAUAACUGUGGAAUCAGCUUUUCUUCAUUUUAUCCUUCAUUUUAUCCCAUUUUGGGGGUGGGCACUACUUGCAGCAAAUCAGGAUUAUGACUAUAGAUAGGUAUCCUACUUGUCUCUAUAAACAAGGCUACAUUGUGAUGGCUUGAGUAAAACCUUCUUAAAUUUACAAACCCUGAAACUUGGAAAUGAUCUAUAGUGGUACCUUGGGUUACAUAUGCUUCAGGUUACAGACUCCGCUAACCCAGAAAUAGUUCCUUGGGUUAAGAACUUUGCUUUAGGAUGAGAACAGCAGCAGGAGGCCCCAUUAGCUAAAGUGGUGCUUCAGGUUAAGAGCAGUUUCAGGUUAAGAAUGGACCUCCGGAACGAAUUAAGUAUGUAACCAGAGGUACCACUGUAGUUGGAAUUCUCUAGGCAUGUCUGCAUUUUAAUAAUAAUAAAAAAAUAAAAAAUAAAAAAAAUCUCAUUCAGUCACGUUGAGGUUAACUUUAACUGUUAAAUGAGGCAAAAAUGUGUAUUGGGCAAAACGACUGUACUCUGCACUCUUCUAUCACAGUGAAAAAUCAGUGGUACUUUUUUUUUUUUUUUUUUUGCUUCUGACCAUGCUUUGCAGUGCUUCUUGACAACAUUUGCAUAUUCUAGCAAUACUUUUUUAGGUGCAAUAAAAGCUGGCAUGAGCAUUCUUUUUAAGCCAAAUAGACUUGAAUUCCAAGAUUAGGUUUUGACAAAAGUGUGCAAGUGAAUAAUCUACAGUUUUAUAAUUUUUCAUUCAGAUGUAGACGAGUCAAAGGGUGCCCGGAGUAGGCAAACAUGUGGAGCACUGGGGGAAGGAAGGGUUAGAUUCUGUGCACAGAACUCCGUUGCUGGCUCACUUCCCAGAAUCAGUAUGACACUGGCUAGUGUGAGCAUUGAACCCCUGCUUAUGGAGAGGAUUUUUCACUGGAUUCUACAUGGAAAUGGCAUAUUGACAAGAGGUUGUUUAUCACAAAAGGAUCCCUUUCCCAGGGAGCUUGCAGUCUAAAUUUCAUCAGUGACUGGGAGAGAGUGGAAGGAAUUGGGGCUAGAUUUUUUGUGGGCAGGGGGAGACAGAGUGAGUGUCGGGAUCUCCGCUCGGCCAAGCUGAUAAAGCCUCAUCUUCUUCCCCCGAGUCCUUUGGAAUUGCCUCCCGACGUGUUUAACGACCUGAGCCUUUGAUGAGGCCUCAGGCAUAUCCUUCAGCAGAGUUUCCAAAGCAGCAGAAGUGUUGAGAUUUAUGGCUACAUGCUAUGCUUUAUUUCUAAGCUACGCAGACAGAAAAUACAUCCUCUCUCUACGAAAGCAGAGAGCAACCGAACAAAGGAACAAAGGAAACAGGAAACCACUAACGUCACAUCUCGUCUCCUUUCCUGUGAGACUUCCAACAGCCUGGAAGGUCUCUGGAAUGUAAACAGAGUCCUGUGACUCCAAGCAGCUGCGCAGUGAUAAGAACAGAAACUAACAGUGAGAUGGGGGGGUGCGUUAUGUGAGAAUUCAGAUAACUAUGCUUUCAACUGGGGGUGUGGGGAAAAGGGUUAAGUCAAAUGCUCCAUGCAAAAUAUGAGCUGUAAAAGGGGGUUUGAAAGAAAACAUCAUAGCAUCUGAUGAUCUGAUUUGCUUCUUCUUUUUAAAUGUUUCAGGCUUUAUACGAGCAGUGCAGCAACGGUGAAGGUUUAGAUGUGUCUGCUUUUGCAAACUGUGACAAGAAAACACGGAGCACAAAGUGAUACAUAAAGUUUAGCUUUAAAAAGUGUUAAUGAAGACAUGAUAAGACUAUUCUAGGCAAUAGUUGGUCUGUUUAAACCGAACUGCCUUGCCUCUGAUAAUUGUUUUAUGGUCUAAAUGUUCUUUGUCAUUUGUUUAUCCAGUAUUUGUAUGUUGGUCUUAUGGGACAGUCGGCCUUGCUAUAUAACUUUGACUGAUUGGUUCAGCGUGUGGAUAUUUGAGCACAAAACACAGCUGAGGCCUUAAAAGUUGAAAAUGUGGAAGAUAUUUUGUUGCAUUUCUUUAAAUCAUGCAAAAAAAGACGACGACUGGGUUAGAACAAACUUUAUUUGCAAGCCUCUAGUAUUUGCCAGUAUUUUUCUUGAAAUAUUGACUUCUUUCAUUUUGUUUACUGGUGAUGUGGGACACUAUGUAAUUUAGCUACUCUUAUGCUCUGCUUCUUGUUUUAUGCUGUUACAUACUGACAUGGACAUGUUUUGAUUUAUAAACGACACCAGACAUUGUAAUAAAUAAAAAAUGAACUCUGUAAAUAAUAAUAAUAAAAAGAUUUAUACUGUU